AUGGUCGUAAACUCUCUGAUUAUAACAUACAAAAGGAGUCCACUAUUUACAUGAUCAUACGACAUGAUGGUGAUUUUCAGAUAUUUGUUAAAAAUUUAAUUGGUAAAACCAUCGUUUUUUCUGUAAAUCCAUCCAACACUAUUGAUGAUUUAAAACGUUUAAUCCAUGACAAAGAGGGUAUACCACCAGACAAACAACACUUGAUUUUUGCUGGUAGACAAUUGGAAGAUGGUCGUAAACUCUCUGAUUAUAACAUACAAAAGGAGGCCACUCUUCACUUGGUCCUUCGUCUUCGUG